AUGUCCUCAGUCUCAGAGCUCGCACAAUGCCUCAGGGCGACACUUGACUCUAAUCCCAACGCCAGAAUCGCUGCAGAACUCAGAUUGACUGAGCUACUUGCCCUUCCAGGCGCGUGUCACCUUAUUUCACUACGCGUUCUGACGCGUCUAAUAGAUGCUGGUCUUGCUCUUUCAUCCCUUACGGUCUCACAGGAUAUAGACAUGUCACUUCGCCAGAUAAGUUGUUCAAAGUAUCAUAUCCACGAAAAGCGUCUUGAUCGUGUAUUUUUCGACCAGCACUCUGCAAGCAUUAUGCUGCGUAAAUACGUCACCGAGCGCUGGUCUCCAUACUUUGCAUCUUUCAAAGGAUCACCUCCAUCGCCCGAGUCAAAGACCCAAAUUCGCGCUGCUGUCUUCCAAGGCCUCUCGGAUCCAGACCGAAAAAUUCGAACUCUCUGCGCCCAUACUCUAUCGUCUAUCGCUAGUUGCGACUGGCCUGACGAGUACCCUGACCUAUUAUCUUCCCUGAUCAACCUUAUUUCUUCCGGCUCUGCGGAUUCCGUCCAUGGCGCAAUGCAAGUCUUCACCGAGUUCAUCAAAUCAGAUUUGACGGAAGACCAAAUUUUGCCCGUGUUGCGUGAUCUAUUGCCUGUGUUGCUUUCGAUUCUUGGGGCUCCAGAAGUCCACACGGCUGCUACGCGCUCACGGACAGUGUCUGUGUUCAAUCAAUGCGUAACUUCGCUGUAUAUGGUGAAAGGCCAGCAUCCACAAGCUGUCAAGGAGGCGAUUGCUAGCAUACUUCCCAUCUGGCUCGAAGCUUUCAAGGUGCUCUUAAGUGCCAAUGUCCAACAAGAUAUCGUCAACCGACCAGACUGGGAUGGACUUGCCGUUCGCAUCCAGGUCUUCAAGGCGCUCGAUACAAUCAACACCUCCUUCCCUCGUGCGCUGACGCCAUAUCUCAACGUGUUCUUGCAAACUGCCCUGGACCAUCUCAACUCCCUUUUCCCUACAUUCUCCCAAUAUUACGUUUCAUCUACUGAAUCUGCCCCGCGCUCAUCGGAAAACGAGCCCAUAGAGCUCCCUCAACUGAUAUGUCCAAUUUUCGAUUUUACCGGUGCAAUCACAAGAGGUGGACGUUGCAAAGAGUGGUUCGAAAACGGAAAUCUUGCCCCCCUGAUCUCCUCAGUCUUCAAUUUUCUUCAGAUCACGCAGGAGGACGAAGAGACAUGGGCGACCAAUCCGAACGCAUUCGUCGCGCAGGAGGAUGACGAGACACAAGCGUAUAGCGUUCGUGUUGCUGGAUUUGACCUGUUAUCCUCCUUAAUCGACCAAACCCGCACCCAUACUGCCGCAGCGUUCCAAAGCACCAUUCAAGUAAUUAUCAACGCUUCGCAACAAGCGAGGGAAGCUGGUUCCGAUAACUGGUGGAAACCUCUGGAAGCAGGACUUGCUGCCAUUGGAUCGCAAGCCGAAGCUGUCGAAGAAUGUGUCGAGGAUGAACAAGAUGCAGGUCGACCCAAACCGAUCGAUAUCGAACUCCUUCUUAGUGACAUUAUUCCAUCUGUCCUCAGUCUUUCCGAGUUCCCGUUCUUGCAAGGCCGCGGUUUCGUGUUUGCCAGUCAAUACGCUAAACUGCUCCCGGUGCAACUAGCGGGGCAAUACAUCGAGGCUGCCAUUCAAGUGAUCGAGGCGAGUUCAGCAGGUGUGCCUGUAAAGAUAUCUGCCGUCAGGGCGGUCCACAAUUUCUUCCAGGGUGCUAACGACGGACCCACUCUAUCACCCUUCGCGCCGCGGAUCGCUAAAGAUUUGGGACCAUUCCUCCUCGCAACAUCAGACGACACCCUGUCUCUCGUUCUCGAAACACUCUCAGUCAUCAUCACCGUCGACAAAGGUCGUUGGCUGACCGAAGACCUCGCCAGUUCAUUGGUUUCCGCAAUCCUUGAAGUUUGGACCAGCAACAACAAAGACCCCAUCUUUUUGUCAAACGUCGACAACAUCUUGACUUCUUUGGCAUCCUCGGAAGCCGAUGGGAUAUACCAAAUUGUUGUGAAGCAGGCGCUGCCUAAUCUAUGCCAGGCAAUGACUGCUGCCUCGCUCAAUGAAUCCUACAUUACCGCCUCGGCCAUUGAUCUCGUCAGCAGUCUUGUUUCUGGCGCUUCUGAGGGGGCUCUUGGAGAUGGCUUCUUCGCUGUUCUGGCACCCAGUCUGUUCAAGUGUCUGGGGGAAGCAGAAGACAGGGAUGUUAUUCAGAACGGAAUAAGAUGCCUCACCUUAAUCAUCCGCAAAGACUGCCCACAACUUCUGGCCUGGUCGGACUCCGGCCGAACCGGACUCGAUGGUGUACUCGCACUUAUCGCACGGUCGCUCGACAGCCAAGACGAGUCUGGCGGGCUUGUCAUCGGUGACCUAAUCAUCCAUCUUCUCCGGCGCGCAGGCGACUCCGUCCUUCCCGUCCUCCCGCAGCUCCUGCAAGCCAUGAUCAGCCGCAUGCGCACCGCCAAAACCGCGACCUUCCUCCAAAGCCUCGUUGUGCCAUUCGCGUUCCUCAUCAACAACCAACGCGACACAGUGCUCGACCUGCUCGAGUCGACCAACAUCGAUGGCCGAUCCGCACUGGACAUCGUCAUCCAGACAUGGUGUGAAAACGCGGAGACGUUCCAGGGCUUCUGGCCGUCGCGGAUCAGCACGAUGGCGCUCUGCCAGCUGUUCGUUUCGGAAAGACCGAGUUUGCAGGGGCUGAUGGUCAAAGGCGACAUUAUUGUCAAGCCUGAAACUGAAAACGUCAUUAUGACAAGAUCCCGGACAAAAACUACUCCCCACGAAUUCAGCUCCAUCCCGUUCCCAGUAAAGGCUCUGAAGUUAUUACUGCACGAUGUCCAAGCUGGCGGGGAAUCUGCCACCAUUACUGCACAGGGUGACACCUUCGAUGUCGACUCUGACGACGGGGACGAUGACUGGGCAGACGAGGACAAAGUGGGGAACCACAAGGAAGACGAGUUCGCGUACUUGUCUGACUUGAUUGGGCCUCGCGGGGUGGCCUUCGACAACGACGACAUCUUGGAGCAGGACGACGAUGAGGAUCUGAAGAAAGAUCCCGUGUCCACGAUGGACAUGCAAGCCCAUUUGCACUCUUUCUUCCGGGAGUGUGCGGCCCGAAACACGUCCAACUUUUCUGCGCUGGUGGAUCAGAUGAGCGCGGAAGAAACGCUCGUUAUCCGAAGGGUUGUGCAAGAGUCCAACUAA